AUGGGCGACGAGGAGGAGUCAGACUCGCUCGGGACGGUCGAGGAGCGCGAUUACGAUGUCCUCUCCGCCGUGGGACUGGACCGGCUCCGCGCCAAGCUCGACGCCCGCGACCACGAGACGCGAACGGACGGCCUGCGCUCGCUGAGACGGGCGCUGGAAGGACCCCCGGGCGGUCCGCGGGACGAUCGCGAGAUUCCGACGCCCGACCCCGACGCGCCGCGCGACGAGCCCGAGGCUGACGACCCCGAGGAGAAUCUCGGCGACGACGCGCCGAACGACGCGGGGGAGCCGGCGAAAGCCCCGGCCGGCCCGUCCGCCCGCCCGCUCGACGCCGCCACCGUCGUCCGCCUCUUCCACACGUGCUCCGCGUCCCUCGCGCGCGCCCUCGCGGAUCCGCAUCCGGCGGUCCACGCCGAGGCCUGCCUCGCCACCGCCGCGCUGUGCGCCCACUGCGACGGCGAGACGAUGCGGACGUUUUCGCCGUGGGUCGCGCGUGACGCGUGGCCGACGCUUCUCACGCAGCUCUUCGGACCGAGGGUGGUGUCCGACAGGGCGCACAUGUGCGCGGUGGCGUGCCUCGGGGCGUGCAGGGACCCGAAACUGCUCGAGCAAGUCGCGGAUGCGAUGGAACGAACCCGCGAUGGUACAAACCCGCUCGCCGCGACGAGGCUCCUGGACAAGGUGGCGCGAAUCUUGGGCGAUUGGCCCAGCGGCGCGCUCCUGGACGCGUGUAAACCCCACGCGAUCCGCGCGAUCGACGCCGGGUUGAAGCACGGCGGCCUCGCCGUCGACGGCGCGCGAACGACCACGAACGACGAUCGCGACUCAAAGUUCCAUCCAAAGUCCGCCGCCGAAGAAAAGUACUCCCCCCGGCGCAGGACGGAGCUGCUGGAUCCCGGCGUCGGCGGCGGGUGCGUGGACGCCACGCUCGCGAAAACGACGGACUCUCACCCGUCCACCGUCGCCGUGCGCGUCGCCGCGAAGGCGGCGUUCGACGUCUUCGAGGCGGCGUGGCCCAAGCACGCGGAGGGGUGGCUUCGGAGCGGGAUGGAGCCGCGGUGGCGCCGGCUGGUCACGCACGGGGUUUUGGAGAUGCCGGAGGAGUCGGGAACGUACGCCAGGGGCGGGUAUCCGUCGGUGCCGCGGGGGCGAACGAGCGCGGAGGUGGCGGAGCACGAGCGCGAGGAGGCGUUUGCGGAGCGGCGGAACAAAGGGUCGGACAAAGGGUCGAACAAAGGGUCGGCGAACAAAGACCCGGACGCGUCGGAGGAUGUCGACGCCCGGCGAUUGACGAUUCCGGGAAACUUCCGGACGACGCCGUUCCAACCGCCGUACGCCCCGCUGCGCGCCAAGCCCACACACAAGGUGGUCGCGUCUCACCCCCGACCGCCCCCUCCGAAACCCCUGUGGGUGGACCCGCCGUCGCCCGUUCGACGAAAGUUCGAAGCUGAAAAGAGGGCGGAGGACGAGCGAAGGGGCGCGCCGCUCGCGGAGUACUACGAAGCCGUGCGAAGCCGCGGCGGGUUGUCGGCGAGGGAGUGCGGGGUUUCGACCGGUUCGUUCGACCCGAACGACGUCGCGAAGACGGCGGAGGAGAGCGCGCUGUACAGGGACCUCGAGGCGCUGGACGCGAGGAUGGAGACGUUGCGAGUCAAGAGCGUCGGCGCGAGGAUGUACGAGCAUUACGCGGAGGCGUUUUACCGGCCGGGGGGCGCGACGGACUCGUCGGAGAUUAGCGCCAAACGCAAAGUGGAGCGCGACAGGGAGACGGAACGGGCGUGGCGCGGGGAGCUUGGGGACGAAGAAAAGUUGGCACCCGGGGAUGGAAAGUCGGCACCCCGGGACGGGGAGAGCGCCGGCGUCGUGGAGAGGGCCAGGCGGGACGCGGAGAGGCUCGGAGCGGACGCCGGCGCGCUUCCCGGGUUCUCCCUCGACGCCGCGGGUCGACUUCGACGGAUCACGCAACCGUCGCUUCAGUCGCUUCGAACAGCUGGCGUCAACGCGAAGACCCCGCCGAAGGUGUCGCUCGCCACCGCGGCGCUCCUGGGCUUACCAAACGACCGCGUCGCGUCGCCCGGGACGAAAGGCGUCGACGAACGCGUCUUCACGCCGUCGAGGACGACGGAGGAACGCGCGCGUAACCUGGCUAGGAUCCGAGCCGAGCUGUCGGAGUUUAGGCGCGACCUCGAAGCGGCGGCCGCCGCGGACGUACCACAGGGAGCUGGGGGACGAAAAGUCGGCACCCGGGGACAAAAAGUCGGCACCCUGGAGACCGGGCCGUGGAGGCGGGACCGCGACGCGACUGCGAAGGCGGCGGACGCGUUCGAGCGGGAGGUGACGGCGGCGAACGAGGAGCGAGACGAGGCGAAGGUUCGUAAAGCCGCGGCCAAGUCCGCCGUCGAGAGGCACAGGAUUCAGCACGCGCUCAAGGUUAAGAAACUGGCGAGGGAGAACCUCGAGUUCGAGGAGCGCAUGUUCCGCGAGGCCGAGGACGAGCGGGUCCGGAAGGAGGCGGAGCACGCGGCGGCGCUCAAGGCUCUGGCGUUUAAGGCGCGAAUGGAGACGGAGAUGGCGGGAACGUACGCGCUCUCCGCGGAGGAGCUUCUGGCGUACCCGGGGCCGCCGAAUCCGUACGAGCUCGGCGCCACCUCGUUCGCGAAGAAGGACCAGAAGGACCAGAAGGACGCCGAUAAGAGGACCACCGAUAAGAAGCCGGCCGCGGGGCCCAAGGCGGGGCCCAAGGCGGGGCCCAAGGCGGGGCCCAUGGCGUGGGGCGGGCGGGAUAAAUCGCCGGCUGCUGCUCGAGCGGAGCGCGCGCGAGCGGCGGAAAAGGAACGCCACGAGCGCGACCGCGAGGCGCGUCGGAGAUUGUCCGCCGCCGCCGCGAAGGCUUCGGCGGGCGGGGCGCGGGAUCGAGAGGGCGGAAGGGGAACCAAGGAGGGCGCGCGGGUUUCGUGGGACGAGAAUCUGGAGCGGACCGAGGGAGGUUCGUCGGCCGACGCCGACGCCGGGAGGGGGAAACCGGGCGGCGAGGCCGAGUUCGAUUCCAGGCCUCUGCGCGAGAAGGUCCCGAUCGGGCGCAGCUACUGA